AUGGCGAUGCAAAGGCCAGCUGCAGCUCGAGCACUGGCAGUCUUUGUCAUUUGGCUGGCCGUUGUUGGAUGGACUGUGGGAGAUCCUCAGGAAGAUCUACAAUGCAAUCAAAUCGUUUUUCAAGCCAGCGCCACCCUUCGACUUGCAGCGAGUUGUACUGGCAUCCAACCGGCUGAAGACUGCGAGCAACAGUGCAAACGCCGCAUCGCUGAUCUCAUUUACGGCAUUGCACGAAAAGAACCAGAUAUUUGCUUCUUCAUCAAUCACCAGUUUGAUUGGGAUAUUCGCAUUCAAAACAUAUGCUGGGUUUUGGACCGAUGUCCGUGCAUCGCAGAGGGCCCGAUGCGGCACGCGGGAGAUCACAUGCUUAUGUUCGGUGGAAGUGGCGGUGCAGCGAGCUCUCCAAGUACUUGGACUGCUAGCUCACGAUCAGUGCCAGACUCGCAAUAUUGCAAACCGCUUGCUGGAACAAGCCUUGUAUUAUCAAGGUUGGUACGGAGACUCUCUCACUCCAAAUGA